CACUCAAAACUCUUCUCAUUCUCUCAUUUGUCGCCUUUCACUUGUCCACUGGACUCGUGUUGCCAAAUGUUGUUCUUUCUUACUUUGUUUUUAAUAAAUCAACUUGUUUGAACUCUUAAUGUCCAUGUAUAUUUAUGUUUCAUAUUCAUGGCCUUUCACCAGUCAACAUCUCUAUCGUUCUCCUUAAUUUGUUCGUAUUCGUUCAUAUUUGUCUAUUCUUAUGAACUUUGUAUGCAUAGCCGGUUUUAAUAUGACAAGAACCGGUGGUGUUAGGCUCAUUCGUUCAGUUGGUGAUGCUUGUUGAAAAAGUCUGAUUCUUAAGCUGUUUAAAACCAAAAUCAACAAAGGCAAAUAACAAAAAAGAGAGAAAACUCAGUGGCGGAGAGGGCAUACAUAAAUGGCUUCAUCUUUGGAAGAGCUUCUUGCAGAGGAGGGGUUCAAAGGAAUCAGAAGAGUGCCAAGGUCUAGAUCCUCCUUCCACUAUGGUGCUUCAAGUGAACCUCUUUACUCUAUGGAAGGUAGACUUUGUGUAUCAAGUGAAAGAAUUCGACCGCAGAGACAAAAGUCUGAUGCCUCAAGAUAUCAGAUUACAAGUGGGCGUUUGAAAACCGACACUCAUACCGCAAAGAACCCAAGAUCAAGGGAUAAUGUUAUUUUGAGAGAAGUGGAUGAACGGUUGAAGGUUGAAGCCGAGAAAAAUUCUUCUGGAGAUACUGAUUCAAGUGAAGAAGUUCCUACCAAAUCGUCAGAAUACAUGCCAAGGGAUGAAAUCACUGAGGUGAUUGAACAAGACGCUAGCAGAUUUGAAGAUACUUAUUCAAAAGAAGUGUCUUCAAAAGGAGGCAAAGAAAAUAAUUUCCAUGAACUUGUGGAGGAAAAAAAAUGGGGGAAAAAGCCUGUCAAGGAUGCAAAGGUGCAAAGCAGAAGUUCCAGCAUACACACGCGUAGACAUUCGAGCGAAACUGGAAAGAAAAUAAAUCCCCAGAAGAGCUUUGAAUACAGCAGCAGGAACAAAAGUAGCAAUCUUGCCCUGCAAGUAGCUUCUAGUCUUGCUCUUGAUGAAGUAGCUGUUCAAGCCGUAGUUUCCAUUCUAAAUGGGUAUAUAAAGCGUUUUCCAAAAGAUGAGGAUUUUCGGUCUACAUUGCAUCACAGAUGUUUCUCUUCCUUGAAUUUUGUUGAACUGAAAGAAGAGAAAAUUACUCAGACCAAAGUCAUAAGAAGUCUUGAGCAAGCAAUUGAGGCCAUUGAACAAUCCGUGGAGGAACCUGUAUCUGCCAUGUAUCUGAAAAGAACAACGAUGCAGCUAAGUAUCAUUACAGGUUUGAGUUUAAAUGAUUUGAAAUACGAGUGUACGUGUGGGAUUCCGAAUUAUAAGUUGUCAGCAUGUGCUCAUCUUUACCUCAGUGUGGUAUACAUGAUGCAGAAAAAAAAUAAGGUGUCAGCAAAGCAUCUCUUGCAAGUGUUUUGUGAUUCACCCUUUCAGGCACGGACGAUGUUGUUGCCUGAACUGUGGAAACAUCUAUUUUCUCCACAACUUUCUCAUUUGAAGGCAUGGUACAAGAAGGAAGAAGGAGUUCUAGUAGACACACCAAACAAAACAAGAAGGCUAAAACUUCUUCAAGAAGUGUAUAAUGAGCAUUUGGAUUCUGGAACUCAUAUAUUUGCUGUAUAUUACAAAGAUUGGCUUACUGAAGGAGUGGAAUCUCCAACAGUUCCUUCAAUUGGCAUUCCAUCAGUUUCUGUCUCAGGAAGUGAAGAGGGAGGUUCACUUGGUCAUUCUUUUGAGUCUGCUAGCUCCAUUGACCCAUUCUCACCACAGCCAAUGGUCAGCAAGAAACUGUAUGAUUCUAUGUUUGGUAGCUUUAGAAGACCAGGAGUUUACCAAGUAAAAGAUGUUGAGGAUGAUGGUAACCAAGACAACUGCGUGAAAGGCUCUUACGGUUCAACAUUUGUUAAACAGACAUUAACAUAUGAAUCUGAAACUGUUAAAUUUACAGAUCAAGAUAUUGAAGGUUUCUCUCAAGGUGUAGCUAUUGAUACAAUCAAACCUCAGAAAGGAAAUUCAAUGGCAGCUACAGAAGAAUGGAGGAAAAGGAAUGUCAGUGAUGAAAUUAAUAACUCUUUCCCUAUGCAAACUAAUUUAAACAAUCGCAUUGUUGAUGCUGUACCAUAUGAAAAAGCAAAUGAACUUGGUCUUAAAAAGCCAAAUAAGACAAGUUAUGCUCUUCAAGGAUCAGAUUUUCCAAGCACUCCACGGGAAUUUAUCUGUUCUCUUACUGGAAAUCUCUUUGAGGAACCGGUCACCCUAGAGACAGGUCAAACCUUUGAAAGAGAGGCCAUCAAAGCAUGGUUUGAAAAGGGAAAUAGAACAUGCCCUGUAACAGGAAUUGCUUUGGAAUGCAUGGCCAUUCCAUUUACCAACCUUAUUUUGAAGCGUUUGAUUGAUAAUUGGAGGUCAGAACGUUUUGAUUAUCUUCUUGGUCUUGCUUCCCAAAGAGUGGAGAACUCAGAGGAUCUCAAGUUGAAAGAAGGGGAUGAGGCUGCUGUUUUCAAGUUAGAGAGUCUUUUCUCCUCUUUGAAAGCAGAAGAGAAAUCAACUUAUGUUAAGCAUCUCAUGUCUUUAGGAUUUCUUCCAUUUCUCUUUAGAAGGUUUGAACAGGGAAAUGUGGAAGAAAAGUCACAAGUGGUGUCACUCUUGCUAAAUUGUAUUCAAGUAGACUCUGGUUGCAUAUAUAAGAUAGCAAGGAAUGUUAACAGAAAGUGUCUUCUUGAGCUUCUUCACAGCACGGAGGUUACCCCAACAACAAAUGCAAUACUAUUCCUUAUUGAACUUUUAUCAAUGAAGAGGAGAAAGGAUGUUACAUCAUUCAUAAGUGGCUUGGCGGGUGAAAAAGUAGUUACUAUAAUGCAUAUUCUGCUCAUGUACCUCGAGAAUUCUUCUCCAUUUGAAAAGCCCCUGAUUGCUGUCCUUUUGUUACACUUUGAUCUGCUGGUUGAGCCGCAAAGGUUUAGCGCAUACAGAGAGGUGGCUGUGAAUGCCAUUGCAGAGGCACUUGAUGGCAGCUUAAACGAUGAAAAGGCCCGAGAAAAGUGUUGCAGAGCACUUCUAAUCUUGUGUGGCCAUUUUUCUUCUACCGGAAAGAUACCAACCAAGACUAGCAUCUUAAAACAAGCAGGUUAUAAUCAUGAUGAACGACUCAACAUUUCAUUGGAAGAUGAAGAGAAAAGGGUUGAAGAGUUGCUAAAGAAGCUGUUAGAGUCGUUGAUUGGUGAUGGAGAAGGCCCAUUUUUGAAGAGCUUAUCCAGAUGUUUAGAUUGUAAGCACAUAGAUUUGGUGAGGGCGUGUCUAAUAACUGUGACAUGGUUGAGCUCUUCACUAUCUACACUAUUUGGUGCUGGAUUGCCUCUUCCGUCCUUCUCAUUCAUCAUCUCUCAGUUGAAACGAAUCUUGGAAAAUGGAGAACUUGAGCUCAGGGCUCUGGCUUCUUUGUCUUUGCUUAAUUUCAGUAAAAUAUCAGAAUGCAAAACGCUUUUGAAGACUAUGGCAGAAGAUGUUGCCCCCCUUUUUCAUGGACUUGCUGAGAUAACAUGCACUGCAAAACAACUGCAUGCCACUGUUUCUAGAGAGAAUUUGUAGUGUUCAAGAAACAGAUACUCGUCUCCUCGUUUCUGAAGUUCAAAUUUUGAUGCAGUUCAGCUUUCUUGUUAGAAAGUUUUUGCUGUAUAUAUGUCUUUGGCAGACUCUUUCCAAAAGAAAAUGCCUCCACAUGGUUUAUUUUUAUCUAGAAAAAAAUGUAAAUGGAUCUCCUUAACUUCUUUAUGUUUUAUCCGACUGGAUAACCACAUGAUUUGUGUUGGUUGUGUAGGGAUAGAAAAUUUCGAAAAUUUGUGAAUGAGACAUGCUUCACACCAUAAAGAAUGGUGUCAGAAUGAUGCAUUGUUAAGAGGAGUUGAAAAAUGAGUUGGGAAUUUAUAGUUUGAUCCUCUCUCACAUGUGGACUGGCUUCAAAGUUCAAAACCAUUACAUAGAAACAAAGAAUGCUUACUAUGUUGAUUUA